UUCGAUCCCACCCGCAGCAGAGCCCGGCGGCCCGAUCACGCGCGCGGCCAUGGGCUCGACGCCGGGGAGCAGCUACGACUGCUCCUUCAAGGUGCUGCUCAUCGGCGACUCCGCCGUCGGCAAGAGCAGCCUCCUCGUCAGCUUCGUCUCCGCCGCCCCCACCGACGAUGACAUCUCCCCCACCAUAGGGGUGGAUUUUAAAAUCAAGUUUCUCACUGUUGGUGAUAAGAAAUUGAAGUUGACAAUAUGGGACACCGCUGGCCAGGAGAGGUUUAGGACAAUCACUAGUUCUUACUACAGAGGUGCUCAUGGAAUUAUCUUAGUUUAUGAUGUCACGAAGAGACAAAGUUUCACAAAUUUGGCUGAUGUAUGGGCCAAAGAAAUAGAAAUGCACUCAACAAACAAAGAGUGCGUCAAAAUGCUUGUUGGAAACAAAGUGGACAAGGAUGAGGACAGAAUGGUAACAACAGAAGAAGGUCUUGCCUUUGCACAGCAGUGUGGAUGCCUUUUUCUUGAGAGCAGUGCCAAAACAAGAGAAAAUGUGGAGAAAUGUUUUGAAGAGCUUGCACUAAAGAUUCUCGAGGUCCCAAGUCUGUCGGAGGAAGGCUCGUCCGUCGUCAAGAGGAACUCGCUGAAACAGAAGCACGAGAAGAGCGGGGGAUGCUGUCAGUAGAACCGGCCACUGUAUGCAACCAACUAGAUCUACCUAGGCCUAGACUGUUCUUGGUGUUCUGAUGUAAAUGAGUUGUAUCUAAGUGCUCAUCGGUGCGAGUAAAGGGAUAAAUAACAGCUUGAGGUUUUGGUGUGAAGGAUGGGCGGGGAAGUUAAUUGACCUGUACAAAUGAAGAAGAAGAAGAAAAAAAAACUUUGUUUCCUGACUCGGCGAGCUGAUGCGCUUCCACACUGGUGUGGUGUGCGUGGGAGUGUGCUGCUGGUACAUAAUUCAGGGGCGUUUCCUGGUCUCAGCUGGUUAUCUUUUGGUUCUCUCUGUAACCUCUGUAUGUAUGAUCUUGGAUUUUCUGUGGAAUUUUCAUC